AUGUUCAAGAAAGAGCCUCAUAUCAAAGCAUUGAGUAAUUUGAAAAACUCUGAACGUAAGAAACUGCUUCAAAGUUGCAAAGAACAAACUGGCGCUUCAGAUUACAACUUCUCCACUUCAAUAGUUAAACAGACAAAUUAUAAGGGACAGCAUAGUGAUGGUACGGUUUAUACAGAUCAAAACAAUGUUCCAAUUUGGUUCAAGGAAAAGCAUGGUGAGCUAUUGUUUCCUACCGUGUAUUCUUGUUGGACUGCCCCAAACCUAUUACCCAUAGUACUCACCCAUGAUUUUGUAAUUGAAGAGAGAUUGUUCAACGGUGCCAAUCUGAUGCUUGCUGGCACAUUACCACCGUUUGAUGAGCGAUGUGUUCCGGCAAAGGUGUGUGGUAUCGCAAGCAGAACUGACCCCAAAGUUAUUUUGGCAAUUGGGGUUGUUCAACUGAACUUGCCAUCGUACAGUUCGGUGAUUGGCCAGCCUGGAAUAGCAGUCAAAGUGAUGCAUUAUUUUACAGAUGGACUAUGCCAGGCUUUUAAAAUAGACAUAGAACCAGCAGUGUUAUCGUCCGAGCCUGUGGAAGAAGAAGAAGAAGAAGAAGGAAAGGAGAAACUGACUGAGAGCCCCAAGAGGGAGACUUUUCAUACUGAGAUUAGUAUAGAAGAUGUCGCACAAGUGCUGGAUGAGCUCUCAGUUGAGGAUGUUGAUCACUUCUUCACAAGGGCACUAUACUACACUUUUACUCACGAUACAGGUUUAAACAUCCCAAUUAAUGCAUCAAAUUUUAUCUCUAACCACAUCUUACCGAACCUUCCACCUGUGGAUCAAUCCCAGGUCAAUAUGAAGAAAACAUCCUGGAAGAAGACCGCCAAAUUCUUGAAGCAUUUUGAAAAAGUGGGCUUCUUGCAAUUAAAAGGUAAAGGUGAUGAUCUUGUUAUUGUUGGAGUCAACAAGAAUAAAGAUGAGCUCAAGAAUUUUGUUCCAUACAAGACCAGCGGGCAAACUGCUUCAAAGAAGAACAGCAAUAAGGACUCGUCACCAGGAAUGAUGUACUCUGAAAAGCUUUACAAGCCCAUUAACCUGGGAAAAGAUUUUAUUCAAUGCUCUGACCUACCUCCCAAAAAUCUCUACACAGUGACAGAACUAAAGGACAGUGUUAAUCAAUAUAUCACCGCAAAGAAGCUGGUCGAUUCAAAGAACAAGAAGAUGGUUUUACUGGAUGAUUUACUGUUCGACAUGUUUUACCGAAAGAAGAAGACACAGGAAACUCCACGUUGCGUCUCCCGAGCACAAAUCAUGGAUCCGUUCAUCGCAAACAACUUUACAGAGUUUUACCAACUUUUUAAAGACGAGGAUACACCAUUGUUCAAGAAUCCGAUCAGAGGUCCAUUACCUCGCGUCAAGAUCGUAACUGAGAUGAAGAUAGGCAGAAAAGUUGUUACAAGAGUUUCGCAUUUCGAAACUUUCAAACUAGACCCAGAAGAUCUCGCUGCCAACCUCAGGAAACUGUGUAGUGGCUCAACAACGAUCGGAGAGACCGUAACGUCUCCCAAGGUCGCAGAGGUGCAGGUUCAAGGGGCGCACGGCCCUCUGAUAAUUGACUACUUAAACAAGCAGGGAAUUCCAACCAAGUGGAUCGACUUUGAAAGUAAACUGAAGAACAAGAAGAAGAAGAAGGCUUGA